UAUCUAAUUAUUGAAGGGAAAAAAAAAAAAAAACACUUCAAUUCCCAUUCUCUCUCCUCGAUUUCUCACUUGAUGUGGGUUGCCACCGUUCUCCACCGACCGGUCGUCCCGGUUCCCCUAUUCUUCACCUCUCAUCUAAGCCCCAAAGUACUCCUUAAACCCAAAACCUUUCGUUUUGGUUUCCUCUUGCCGUCACUAAAGUUGAAAGCUUCUGCGACUAAGAAGCAGUUGCAGACUCAGGAGCCAGAUAAUGAAGAUUUACAUAAUCAAGAAAAAAGCGAUGAUCAAAUCUUUGAUUUGGGAUGGCUUCCUACUUUCCCUCACGUUUUGGUUGCUUCAAUGUCCAAUUUCCUUUUCGGCUAUCACAUAGGAGUAAUGAAUGGUCCAAUCGUUUCAAUUGCAAGAGAACUUGGUUUCGAAGGAGAUCCAAUUCUUGAGGGGCUUGUGGUAAGCAUAUUCAUUGCUGGAGCUUUCAUUGGAAGCCUGAGUUCUGGUUCACUGGUGGACAAACUAGGCUGUCGCCGGACCUUUCAGAUUGACACGAUACCAUUGAUACUUGGUGCAAUUGUGAGUGCACAAGCGCAUUCCUUAAAUGAAAUACUGCUGGGAAGAUUUCUUGUUGGCCUUGGUAUUGGUGUGAACACAGUUCUUGUUCCAAUUUAUAUUUCAGAGGUUGCCCCAACAAAAUACAGGGGUUCGUUGGGCACUUUGUCCCAUAUUGGCACCUGCCUUGGAAUUAUUUUCUCAUUGUGUCUUGGAAUACCAGCAGAACAUGAUCCACAUUGGUGGAGGACAAUGUUCUAUAUAGCAAGUAUGCCUGGUUUUCUUCUAGCUCUUGGUAUGCAAUUUACUGUUGAGAGCCCCCGCUGGUUAUGCAGAGUAGGGGACAUGAAAGAUGCGCAGACAAUUAUCCGUAAUCUUUGGGGAGACUCAGAAGUUGACAAAGCUAUUGAGGAAUUCCAGUCAAACAUCAGCAAUGAUGGGACUGAUGUGAACAGCAGAUGGAUGCAGCUUCUGGAAGAGCCACAUUCUCGAGUUGCUUUCAUUGGAGGAGCCCUUUUUGUUCUUCAACAGUUUGCUGGAAUAAACGGAGUUCUUUAUUUUUCAUCAUUGACAUUUCAAGAUGUUGGAAUUGCUAGUGGUGCUUUGGCAAGUUUAUUUGUUGGACUUACAAAUUUUGCAGGUGCACUCUGCGCAUCGUACCUUAUGGAUACACAAGGAAGGAGAAGGCUUCUCAUUGGAAGUUAUCUGGGAAUGGCAGUUUCAAUGUUUCUUAUUGUUUUUGCUAUCAAUUACCCAUUGGAGGAAGAUUUCAGUAACAACUUAUCCAUUCUAGGGACGCUCAUGUACAUAUUCACCUUUGCAAUUGGAGCAGGCCCAGUAACUGGUCUCAUAAUUCCAGAACUCAGUAGCAGCAACACACGUGGAAAGAUAAUGAGUUUUAGCUUCUCUGUUCAUUGGGUUUGUAAUUUCUUGGUGGGGCUACUGUUCCUUGACUUAGUGGAAAUAUUUGGAGUUGCUUCAGUUUAUGCUGGUUUCGGCAGUGUGUCGGUGUUGUCAGCAAUUUUUGCGUAUUACUUUCUGGUUGAAACGAAAGGCCGGUCUCUGGAAGAGAUUGAAAUGUCACUCAACUCUAACAUGAGAGGUGGAGGAAGGUGAAUGAUUUCUAUUUCACGCAGAUGCGGUGUAAAGGGUGAAGUUGAGCAUGCAGUUUCUAUUUAUUACUAUUAUUAGCACUGUCACACUGCAUUCAUACUUGCUCCGGAAAUUCCCCCCAACACCAUAAUGUUAUAGCAAAACCGAAUAUCCCUUCGUCCUCCAUCUCCCAAGUAGGGGAAUGGCAUUUGUACCAAAUUGCUCAUAUAUCAAAUUUACAAUAAACUUCUUUUCCCCUUUUAACUAGAAUAACCGUUAAGUCGGAUGCAUUGGUUAAAAGGCUGGCUGGACCGGUGGAAUCCAAAUUUAUUUGACUAUGUAUUACGGUUUUGUACUUAUAUUGGAUUGGUUGGAUAAUAUUAUAGUUUUGAAAUUUGAAUUAAUCAAAUAGAAAUUAAAAUUA